AAUCGUUCAUUUCAAUCACCUAGCAUUGAAUUUUAAUGGGAAGGCUUAGCUCCAAGUUCUUUCAGGAGUGGCCAAGCGGAAAGGGAGAUAAAGCUGCAAGAGAGAGUGCAAAUGAAAUCACCUUUGAACCAUACGAAACUGAAAUAACAACUCAAUCAACCCCAUGGGCUAUAUCUCUUGCAAAGCACCUUCAGUCCAUUGGUGCUAAGAUGUAUGGGGCUUUCUGGUGCUCUCAUUGCUUAGAACAGAAACAGAUGUUUGGACGUGAAGCUGUGAAAAUACUGGACUAUGUCGAGUGCUUCCCUGAGGGAGCUGGUAAAGGGCGGAAAAUGGCAAAGAUGUGUUCAGAUGCUGCUGUCGAAGGUUUUCCGACAUGGAUUAUAAAGGACAAGGUUUUGAGUGGGGAGCAAGAACUAAGUGAUCUUGCAGAGGCAUCUGGAUUUUCCCUCGAAGAUGCAAUGGAGUAGAAAUUUUCAGAUUUUGAGCUAUUUUUUCAGUCAAUAUUCCCCAUCUUUGAUGAGUCCCCAUUUCUUGAAUCAUUUUGUAAAUCAUUUUGUAUUCAUUGAAGAGCUAAUUAAAGUUUACAUCUACCACGUUUAAUUUCUUUGCUCAUAUCUGUAAUAUUGUGCAUAUUGUACAGAAUCACUAGGAGACAUAAAAAGAAUUACUAUUUAAUUUCAA